CUUUUUCCCACUCUGCCUUGACUUCAUGCUUGGUUUGGCUUGGCUACAGUAUCCUGGCUAUUCUGUCAUCUAUCUAGACCUGACUGAGGAAGUCUGGCCGUCUUACAACCUGGUUACCCAUCCUACUGGCGACAGGCGGCAACAGGCGGAUGAGACGGGCAUCCUCUCUACUACAGCUUCUUCAUCUUGGUACUUCUUCCGACCUUCCUUCUUCACUAUACUACAUGUGUGGGACAUCAUCGAUUGGAGUCACGGACGGGACGGGCGAGGCGCAGGAGCUGGGCAGCUGUUUUUUGUUUGAGCUUUUUGUUGUUGUCGUUGAGUUUGAGCCUUGUGUUUUGAGCUUCUUAAGCUUUUUGUGCGUCGUGCGUCGCUUGUUUGCUUGUUUGUUUGUGUGGCUCGCGUUGCAUUGCAAGAGUGCGGUAUCGAUCGUUGCGUAGAUGAGUUUGGGGCUUUUUGCCUUGCAUCCGGUGGGUCGC